AUGCCUGAGCAUCGUCACGUCCGAAGCGGCAGCCUCAACAUUCCCAGCAAUGCUGCAUCCAACAACUCCGCCAGCAUGAUGCCACGGAGCCCUCCAAAUACCUCUCACGUCCCGUGCAAGUUCUUCCGUCAAGGCGCCUGUCAAGCAGGCAAUGCCUGCCCGUUCAGCCAUGACCUCGGAGCCGCUUCUGAAACCAUUUGCAAGUAUUUUGCCAAGGGCAAUUGCAAGUUCGGACCCAAAUGCGCCAAUAUCCACAUUCUGCCCGACGGUCGCCGAAUAAACUACGGCAAAAACGGCGUCACGAUAGGCACGACUUCCAUCAAUCUCUCCGGUCGGCCCUCUCCCAGUCCUGCCUCGCCGCCUUUACCAGCCCUCAGCAUCUACCAGCAGUCAUCUGCCAGCGCUCUCACAAAAUCAUUCUACGGCGUGGAUCAGCCCGGCUACUCCGCUGCCUUCUCAGGCGACGAUCGCCAACUUCCAAGUCCCUCCCACCACCUCGGCCACCAGCCAAGCCUCGAUAACGGUCUCAUCACCAUCGAAUCACCUUAUACACACUCCAAUUACGGCUCGCCACGAGACAAUAAUGACGCCAACCGCCUCGGGUUUGGCCUUUCACCCGUAAACGGCAAGGGCCUGUCUAUUCUCGAUGCUCCCUUACCCGCGUCUUUCGACUCCAACGGCAUCUCCAACGCUGCUCGCUUUCCCGCUGCGCCAUGGCCGUCGUCGGUGCCCUCAAAAUUCGGCCUCGAGUCUCCCACCCCGUCCCUGAACAACGCCAAGGAUUCUAGGACGUCGGAGACGCUCAAGCUGCUGCACACCUCCGCAUUCGGCCCCUCGGAGCACCUGGCUACACCGACGGCCAGUAGCCCUCCCAAUUCUCAGCCUGCGAUUUGGGACGAAUAUUUCGGGAAGCGAACUAUGCAUUCGUCCCGGGGCUACGCAAAACCCCGCAUGCUGAGCUCGAGCAUGCCCAAGACCUCGUCGGUGGACAGAGACUGGGAGGCCGAGUUUGCCUUUGACGACGACAACCUGCCCGAGAACUACGUCCCCCAAAACCUGCAGGAACUGCUGACCCCGGCAGAAAAGGCUAGACGAGGUUCCAUGCGAGCAGAAGACCCUGUUGUGGACGGCUUCCCGAAAUAUGGCAGCCCCAUCGGGACCAGUCCAAGCCGCUGGGGAUCGCUUUUCCAACGCCAAAAGGAAGAAGAGGACGCGGCCAAGGCGGCUCGCAAUGCUGGAUCGGCCUUUGGGCACGUAGGGAGUCCCCUGCGCAAGUCCACGCUCGCCCAGGAAAUGGGCGAUGACUGCAAGAGCUCGGGCUCCAGCAGCCGCCCUUCGGCAGGGCGCUCGACCAGCGAUUCCAUGUCGGUUCUUUCGCAACAGCUGCAGCGCAGCAGACUCGACGAGGGUUUCAGUGGAUCUGGGUCCGGCGCCGGCUCCAGCCCCCAUCUUCAUCCCACGCCAGCGCGACUCCCUUCAAGCAGCCUCGCCCCGAUUGGCAGAGACCGAGGGAUGGACCGGCACGUUUCCGGUGGCAGCAUCAGCUCGUCUCUCACGGGUCGGUUCACCACUCCCAUUGACGAGGAGGACCCGGCCUUUGUGUUCAGCAUGGAAGAGGAAGACGAUGCGCCGAGCGCAAGGAUGCGCAAAAGAAUUUCGGCCGGCCUCAACAUUGGGGGCUUGAGCAACUACGCCAAUGCCGUCGGCAACAAAGGCGCCCCAAACAGCGCGGUCAAAGAGUCGAGGGACUCGGUGCCCGUCAACCGACGAUGA